GGCAUUACUUUAAAGUCAAAAUGGGACAGGCAGCUGUGUGUGUAUUGACAGAGUUGCUGGGCUCCACAAAGAGGCUGAAUGUGAACUACCAAGACCAAGACGGUUUUUCAGCACUUCAUCAUGCGGCUCUCACUGGCACUACUGACCUCUUGUCUCUGCUGUUGGAGGCACAGGCCACCGUGGACAUCAAAGACAGCAAUGGUAUGCGUCCAUUGCACUAUGCUGCCUGGCAGGGGAAGGCUGACUCUGUACUUAUGCUGCUGAGAGCCGGAGCUUCUGUGAAUGGGGCUUCACAAGAUGGACAGAUCCCUCUCCACCUGGCUGCACAGUACGGACACUAUGAGGUGUCUGAAAUGCUACUACAACACCAGUCCAACCCCUGUGUUGUCAACAAGGCAAAGAAGACCCCUCUGGACCUGGCCUGUGAGUUUGGCAGACUCAAGGUGACCCAGCUGUUGUUGAGCAGUAACAUGGUGGUAGCUCUCUUAGAGGGGAACAGCAGGGAUAACACCCCCCUGCAUCUUGCUGCCCGCAACGGUCAUAAGGACAUCAUCAGACUGCUGCUAAAAGCUGGGAUUGACAUCAACAGAACCACUAAAUCUGGAACGGCUCUGCAUGAGGCUGCCCUCUACGGGAAAACGGAAGUAGUAAAAUUAUUGCUUGAUGCUGGGAUUGAUGUGAACAUCCGCAACACCUACAAUCAAACAGCCUUGGACAUUGUGAACCAGUUCACCACUUCACAUGCCAGCAAAGAAAUCAAACAACUCCUUAGAGAUGCCAGUGGAGCAUUACAGGUGAGAGCUUUGAAGGACUACUGGAAUCUUCAUGACCCCACUGCACUCAACAUCCGGGCAGGAGAUAUAAUCAUGGUCUUAGAGCAGCACAUGGAUGGACGCUGGAAAGGACACAUCCAUGACAUUCAGAGAGGCACUGACUGUGUGGGAUUCUUCCCUCCCUCCAUCGUGGAAGUAAUCAGUCGCAGAUCAGGGGGCGUUCUCUCCCGGCAGGCCUCACUGCCCAUCCAGAGACAUCACAUUCUGUCCAGAGCCCUGCCCUCACAAAGUUUUCAUCACACCUCUCACACUGAUGACUCCUACACCUUAUACUCAUCCACCCGUCCUGUACUGUCUCACCACAACGGGCUGGAUCAGCACCCAGGUGCGAUUCCCGACAGUCCCAGUGCCCUGUGUAAGCCAGCUAGUCCCAAAGAGCCAGAGGAUAUUUGGGUCCUCAGGACCUCUCUUAAUGCAGGUGACAGGAACAGUGUGGGCAGUGCAGGCAGCAUGGGCAGCAGUCGCAGUGCUGGCAGUGGACAGAGCACUGAGGGAAAUAAUGGACCCAAUCAGUCACCGUCUGCUGUCCAGGACACCACCAAGCUGCCUCCCUCUGCUGGAGAACUGGUGGAACAGUGCAGUCAGGCCCCUGACCCCGCAAAACAGACGGACCCUCAUUCAGGUGCUCUUGGACAGAGGAUUCCACUGAGCAGCUCCAGACCUGGAGAACAUCAUGUCAUACACCCACAGCAACUUCUAGAUGGCAAGGAUGCUGAGGCUAUUUACCAGUGGCUCUGCGAGUUUCAGCUUGAGCAGUACACAUCUAAUUUCCUCACAGCUGGCUAUGAUGUGCCCACAAUCAGCAGAAUGACCCCUGAGGAUCUCACCGCUAUUGGCGUUACAAAGCCUGGCCACCGCAAGAAGAUCUCCACGGAGAUCGGCUACAUGAAUAUCCCAGAAUGGUUGCCGGAUUACAUUCCAUCUGAUAUUGGGAAGUGGCUCAGUGCUAUUGGGCUGCCACAAUACCAGAAAAAGCUAGCGGAGAAUGGUUAUGACUCCAUCAACAUAGUGCAGGAUAUCACAUGGGAGGAUCUACAGGAAAUUGGUAUCACUAAACUGGGCCAUCAGAAAAAGCUGAUGCUUGCUGUUAAGAAGCUGAGUGACGUCCAGAAGGCUCGUAAGAACCAGACUGAAGGGCAGGCAUUGCUACAGCGCAGGAGACUUCCUCCCGCCCUCGAGCUGGUGGCCAUCGAGCAUCACGACAGCUCUGAAUGCCCCUCAUCACCUCUCUCACCAAAGAUGCUCACCUUCCAGGACAGUGAGCUGAGCAUUGAGCUACAGAACGCCAUGGCUCGCAGCGGAUACGGUGGAGGCCAAGAUGGUCUCGGAAACAUGAGUGGAACAGCCAUGCGUCUUAGUCAAGAAAGCAUUGGUACACGGUCAGGAGGGUCGGGACGGUCGCAAGAGUGUCCAAUGGCAUCGGUAUCCCCCAACAGCCACUCACAAGAGAGCCUGGGCAGCAUGGGCAACAGUCCCAUCAAGGAACAAUAUGCCAUUAGGGAAUCUCAGGAUAGAAGCCAAAUAUCACCUGUCAAAAUGGCGCCAGUGUUGCCGCUACAACCUCAUCAGCCCACAUCUGGCAGUCCAGCAAGGACACCACCCAUAACCACUAGUAAAAUAGCACGUUUUGCAUAUCCACCCGUCCUCACCAAACCUAGACCGGUGGUUUCUCCCUCUCAGCCCCAUCAUGGAUCACCUCUUCAGAGGGGCUUUAGCUACCUGCAGCAUCAAAACUGCAACGCCAACAUUGGAAGCCCAAGUCCAAUCAGAGCCAUGCAGCCAAAUGGGGACACAUUGCGAUCCAAAAAACGGACUCAGAGUCUUUCACGCUAUGCUAUGUCGGAUGGAGAGAAUGAAAAAGAUGACAUCUCAGCUCCUUCGAUAACUUCCACCAAUGUGGCAUCUUAUGCCACGCUUACUCGCAAACCCAGCCGCAGCCAACCGUCUUACAGUUCCAGUGAGCAUCAAGUGGGCCGCAGUCAUUCCUUCGCCAUAUGUGCCAAGAGGAAAGGUCCUCCUCCUCCCCCUCCAAAGCGACUAAGCUCUGCCCCGAAUGGGGUCACUACAAGUGAGGUUGAAACGAAGAGCGCAGGAAGUGUCAGAAGCAUUGCAUCCAGGCUGGAGAACAGUACAGGAAGCCCCAACAAGACAUGCAACAGCCCUGUUUUUAAAGCCAUGUCCCCAGCCAUCUCACCAAAAAAUAUGGAAAACUGUAGGAGGACUACUAGUGAAUCUUCCGUGUAUGAAACGAAGCAUGGUGGAGAAAAUCCUGCUGGUAAAAACAUCAGCCCUCUGAGGAACCAACAAGGUUCAACAUCCUCACAGGAGAGCAUACCUUUCGCUGAAGAGGGCAAAGUUACCAUCAAACAAAGGACCAAAAUAGCAUCCGCUAAGAUAGAGUCUGAGGCCGGUGUUGAAAUUCUGAAGCUGGCACAAUCUAUCAGAUCAUCCCUAGAGGUGCCUGAGUUUAACUUAAAGGAAUCAGACACAGUCAAAAGGAGACACAAGCCAAAAGAACUGCAGAUGAAAGGUCAGGGCACCAGCACAGAAAUAGGAAAUGAGAAGGCCACAGAGACCGAGAUGGUCUCGCAAUGCAUGCAGAAUGGUGGAUUGACAAAAAAUCCUUAUAAAUAUGGCCUCUCUCUGAAACCAGGAUCUCCACAUAAACCUCCCACCCCUUCUAAGCCCACACGCCAUUCUACUGCAGCAAACUCAGGACGGACAGUCAGUGUCGUACAGAGCGUGGCCUUUGCCGUCUCACCUCCAUGUAGUCCUCUGGCUCGCUGUACACUAAACAAAGCACCUCAAGGUCAGUCUGUACUGGCAGGAAAGUCACAGGCUGUGACAGAAGGCCAGCACGUGCUGGUCCACAAACGACUUGAGCAAACCAGCACGUCUCUCGAGGCGGCACUUAAAGUUGUGGAGAAGAAGUUGGCUCAGGAAGAUCCAGCAGACAGGGGCAUUAACACAGUGAAGUUAGCUGGGAACAUUCUUGAUGAUAUUGGGAACAUGUUCGAUGAUCUUGCUGACCAGCUGGAAGCCAUGUUGGAUUGACCUACUGUAAUUCCUACAGGUAUAACCUUUGUGUUGGGCCUUCACAUUGGAGCUUCUGGAUGUUUUAGACGUGCAAUGUCUAACUUUUCACACUUUGUUUACGCACUUUGGUGGUCCUGCUUACAAGUAUUGGUUUUAACAGUUGAAUUCAUUUACCCAAUUUAAGAUACCAGUAGUAACGUACUGUUGGCUGGAUCGUGCCUCAAAUUUCCAAAAGAUCCACUCAAGAACUUGCAAUAUCCCUUACCAAACUGUUGCUUUCUGCAUCUUUGUCUCACUCGGACAGAACGUAUCUGCAAUGAAGACUGCAGAAUGUCAGCACUUACUGUUCAGAUCUACUGUGCUAAAGCUCUUUCAACAGAGACGCUUUAAUUUCCUGUUGUGCUCAGAUCAAGACUCACAGUUGGCCUCUAGCGAAUGGAUAUACUGUGUAAAAUCUAAGUGAGAUACAACCUGCUUCAAGUGCUCUGAGAUUCAUCACUCUUCAAUUUUGUUUUCUGUAGACUGAAAGAUCCUUUAUUCUCUGUUCAAAAGCAGUAAUACAGCUGAUCAAAAACAUAACCAAGAAAAUGAUUGAUUUAUUAAUGACCCAAACUUCAUGGACCAAGUAUGAUUGACUGUACUGUAACUUUAACUAUUAAAAAAGGUCCAUGUCCUGCCAACAGAUUCAGUGUUAUACAGUAUAUUUUUAGUUGUAUGUUUCAACCUUUGCAUAAGAAUUCAACUAGAGCUUAACAUGUUAAGAAAAUGACUUUUCUUAGCAUAUUAAUAGUAUAUUUUGACAACCAUUGUGUUUUGGGAAAGAGAAACAUUUAAUGCAUUACAUCUAUUAUAUAUUUUUGUACCAGAAUGAUAAUUUAUUGGGUUUGUCAGGUUAAAAAGGGACAGUCCCUCUUUGUGAAUUCUGUCACUCUGACUGAAAUUGACAAGCAAAAAUAGAAACUGUUGCACUAUGUUUUUAGGCUCAGCUGACCAAAAGGGAACUUUUAUUUUAAUAAAAUGGGGCCCAUGUGGUUAAAACACACAAAAACAUCACCAAACUAUGAUCUGGUAUAUGUUCAAAUGGAGCAUUCAUUUAUAUUCACUUCUGACUCUUGUGCACAUUUACCAUCUUUAUGUAGUGUAUGAACUAUGCAUCUUUUAUUGGAUGAAUUUAUUUCUGCAUGUACUAUACACUGGCAGGACGACCAGUACUUGACUGAAAGAGACCUUUCUCAAAUUGUUUAAUUGGAAUGACAUUGUUCAAAAUAAUUGUAUAUGUAAUAACUGCAAAAAGACCAGACCAUCCUGUUCUUGCAUGCUUUUUUUUUCUUUCCAAGUAACAAUCUGGAAUUACAGGUUUUGUAUUAUGUGGCAUAAUGAUAUUUUAAUGGACUUUAUGAAAACAGCACUGCUGGUGCUACGGUAUCAUUUAAAUGAGCACUGUGUACUUUAUUUCCCAAGUUCAUUCCUUACUGCAGUGCUUUGUGUGGCAUAGCGCUGUCAAAAACUAAAGACACGUGAUCUGUUGCUUUGCCUGAUUGGGGCCAUCAGUAUCAUACAGUAAGUAUAAAUAGACCUCUAAUUCAUUCAUUUGAACUACUUUGAAGUAUUAUGUUUAAUAAAAUAAAAUUGUCAAGAGAUCAAUCCUCAGACUACUCAUGUCAAAGUGGCUCUAACAUUUGUUUUAUUAUGUAGUGCCGGCUCAUUGAAACUGUCCCUUGAACUCGUGGGAUAGAAAUU